AGGGUUUGAAUUGGGGGUUGAAUCACCAAAAUGAUUCCUGGGCGUGGCUAACGCUACUGCUCACUGCUCCCCUCACCUCCCAGGUGGUGAACAAGGAGAUGGGUCAUAUGCAGAGGACACAUUUCACCACACCUAGUGUGUGUGUGACAAUCAUUGGUACUUUAACUUAAACUUUAACUUGACUUUCCUUUUUAAAAUGCUGGCACUUGCAACAUCCUUUGGCCACAUUGUGGGUUUUUUUGCAGCUGUAUUUAUUGGGGAAAAAAACAGACUGAGUCAUCAAUGCUUAGAUUCCUUCGUUUGGGGACUUCAUUCCUUGGAAUGGUAGGCAGGCAAACGGACUAAUUUAUUAUGUCGAAUGUUUGGCUGUACAAAAACCUGAGACGUUAUACAAAAUCACUUUUAUCAAAAAACAAAUCGAGGUACCACUGGACUGAAAAAUAUUUUGUCAUAAAAGAUCCAUAAAAAUACACCAUGUCAAAGUUGGUGUUGAUCAAAGGGAAGAUCUUGGAAGGUAUAUUGGUAUUUGUAUAAGAAGAGAAAUGCUCAAGCCACUUGUCCCUACAGUUUUGCUAUAUCCAAGGAAGACCUGUGCAUUGAAUAAGCAAGAUGAGAAUUUGACUCUUAUAUACUUCUGAAAUGUUGCAUUAAGUUCAUGAGGCGUAUUAGAGAUGUGUCAUGGUUUCUGUCACCGCCCAUCUGAUUCUGAAAAAACAGUUUGUGGGAAAGUGGAAUAUGCAAGAUUAACCUUUUGGUUGCAGAAUGGGUGUUCAUUUUUGGGGGACUCUGAAAUGCUAUUGAAUGGUUGGUGCGGCAGAGUACCAAUCCUAAUAAGUGUAACAACUUCUGAGGGCAUUCAAUCAAUCGCAACUGCGCUGUUUAGUUUGUCCGAAAAAGUGUUUUUCCUCAUCCGAACAGGGUUCAUCAGUCCAUGCUCCUUGGUCAGAUCUCGAUGUGACCAAUCAAAGUCUAUAAGCAUGAAGUCUGCUCGGAUGAGAGGCGAAACAUCUUCUAAUACAAACUGAACAGUCCAGUUGCAAUCAAUUGAAUGCCUUGUCAAUACAAUGACCUGGAAGAAUGAGAACAUCAAUAGACUUGUGUGAAAACCUUUGUACCUUACCUACCUAAAAAUAACUUAACAAUGGAAUAUCCUUUCUCAGAAUAGUAUUCUUAUGUUGACUGAAACAACCUUGCUUGACUCACCAUUUUUUAAAUACUUCUUACAUCAGCCUCGAUGAAUUUGACAGUCUUGGUGAAAAAUGCCAACAGUCAUCUAAAUACGUCCAGACUCCUUUGUCGAGUUCUUUUAGACGUUCAGGAGCUAUAAAGGACAUGCGAGUAAAGAAGCCUAACAAGACGUCUGGUGCUCUCUUUGUCAGUGGCUUCUUCAGUGUUAUAGAACCUGGGGAUGAAGAAGUAGGCUGUUUUACUCAGCCCAACUCUGAUUAUGCAAAAGGCAUAGGCAUCUGUAAAAAGCUAUUGUCAGAGAAUUCUACUACCUUUGAGAGUGUUCCGGAGAUGGAUGUGAAAAAAGGAAAGGAUAAGAAACCUGAAUUGACCAAAAGCCAACACAGCCAUGAUAUUGAUGAUACGUGGGACUCUGAGCAGGAUAAAGAGGAAGAGGAAACUGUCAGACCAACAGGACUGCUGGCAAAGAUUCUGUACAGCAACAAGUCUGACUGCUGGGACAGUCAGGAGGACGAGAACGCCAACGCCGUCAAGAGCUCAGUUGAGUAUGCAGACAAAUCUGUUGGUGACGACACUUAUCGAGUAGAUCAAGUGCAUAAACACACUCAAUGCAAAGGUGCUGUGUUGCACUCGGGAGCAGAACAAGACAAGGACAAAGAGGAGCGUAUUAACAAAACACAGGAGGUGAAUGACAAUGAAAGGAAUGAUGAAGAGAACAAGGCUGCUGAGAGCCAAGAUGUGUAUGGGGACAAAUCAGAAGACAAUCUGGUGGAUCAGGGGCAAGAACACAUCGAGCACCCUGAUAAUGUAUCGGACAAAGAAUCUCUCAACAAAAUGUACAGUAUUGUACAGCAGAUCAUCCUUCUCAUCAUUGAACAAGUUACACUACAGUCACAGGAUACAACUGACAGUACUGAGAGUUCAUCAGAUGAAACCACUGAGACAGAAACGUCAUCAGACACUACUGAGACAACAGCGCAACAGGAAACAACUACCACUGAGUUAAGUCCAUUGACCGAGACGACACAGUCACCUGAAAGCCGAAGUACUGAUUUACAAGACCAACAGGCACCGUCAGACUUUGAGUACACAGAGAAUUCUGCUGUCUUUGACAGAAAGCAGUGGAUGGAUGUCAAACAAGAGAAGGCUGCCAAAUGCCAAGACAUCCAGAGCACAGAUGCCGUAUUGGACUCAGUAGAUGAACAGAACAGGGACAAAGAAGAAUCUAUCAAUAAACCUAGGUUAAAAGUGCCCUGCAAGAGAAAACAUCUUUCUCGAGACCACAGAGACAGUGAUUCAUAUCUUUCAGGAGAAGAAGAAAUGUUCAACAAAACUUAUACUAGAACGGCACAGCAACAGGUACCGUCAAACUAUGUGAACACUGAAAGUUAUGGUUACCGCGAAUCUCAGCAGGAGAUAGGUGUCAAGGAGGAUGAAGAAGAGGCUGUAAAUAGCCAAGAAUCCAUUUGUGAUGACACCAAAAGUUUUCCGGUUGUUGAGGACCAUGAGGAAGAAGAACCUUUCAAAAAACCAAAGCUUUCUGGAGGAUUUAAGGACUCCAACUAUUUUGUUUACUUUGACAGUCAUCUGGCGAUAGAUUUCCACAGACAAGGAAAGGAUGAGCAUGAGGAUUCCGAGGGUACCAAAAGCCAAGAUGAGCCUGGACACGGCUCCUUUUGUAAGGAACCCAUCCAGGGCACGGAUGGUGCUAUGGGCUCAGAAGCCAAACAGGUCAAGGAAGAAGAGAGGCCUUCCAAACAAUUUGGGGAAUUGACCUGUUCUCAUGGCCACAAUACCAAAUCGCCAAAUCAACAGACACAUGUGUUUAUGGACUGCCACACUUGUGUUUGCCCUGACAAUCAGCAUGCAUGCCUUGCAGUCCAUGUCAAAGUGAAGGAUGAGGGGAAUGUGGCUGCCAAGAGCCGUGAUAAAGAGGAGCCAAGUAAAGCACAUGGAGAAAAGGCACUUUCUGGGGAAAUCAGCAGUAAAUCACCAAAGAAAAGUGAAUUACCAGACAAACAGCUGUUGGGAGAGGUAUUGGAAUCCAGCAAUUCUGCUUCUGAAUUGGACUCAGAUUGUAAAGAAGGGGAGGAUAAUGACACUGAAACUUCCAAAAGCCAAGAUGACUCGGUACAUGACCCUUCAAGUGACGAUGUCCAAGUGGAUCAGGAGCAUGAACGCUUUCAGCGCGCUGAUGCUGUUGAGGACAUGGAAGCUAAAGAAGACAUGGCCAAAGACGGGCCUAUCCAAAACCUUGGAGAUCUUUUUAUCAGUGGAUUCUUGAGUGUCAUAAGCACCAGGCAAGAAGAAUCCGUAUCUCAUACUCCACCAAACCCGCUGUUGAAAAGGAUUUUGGGGCCGUUUUUGGAAUCCAGCAAUUCUGCUUCUGAGUUGGAGUCAGAUGACAAAGACGGGGAGGAUAAUGACACAGAGGCUUCCAAUUGCCAAGAUGACUCAGUAGAGGACCCUUCAAGUGACAAUGGGCAUGAACGAUUGAAGCGCAAUGUAGAGGACCUAAAAACCAAACUGGGCAAGGACAAAAAGGAGCUGAUCCAAACGCUUACAGGUUUAAGAGAUCGUGAUGCAGAUCCAACAGAGAUGGCAGGAAUGCAGGAGGUAUUGGGACAAGACAAGGUGGACGAGAAUCUAGUGAAAACACCACGGUUGUUUGUAGAUAUUCCAGAUUGGGAAACUGGACUGGAAAGGGAUUUUAAAGAUGAAGAUGACUUUGAGAAGCCUCAUACUUCCAAGAGCCUACAUGACUGUGGGCGUUACUAUUCUGGUGAAAUUUUGAGCAGUGUCCAGGUGGAUCAGUUGUUUGAACACAGUCAGUGUACUGCUAGUGGGGUCUCUGACGUCAACCAGGACGAGGAACAGCCUAUCAAAACACCCGGAUCACAACCACACACCUUUGGAGCUCCCACUGUUGCCACUGAUGAGUUGCCGAGGUAUCCAUGUCAUCCACCUCUCUUGAUUAAGGUACAGACAGAGCUGUUAUUGGGGCAUGGGAGAAUGCAUUUCUGCCAGGAAGCUCUGAAGAAACAAGAGGAUGGAAAAGAGGAUAAUUUAAACAGCGAGAAGAAGGCAAGAAUGUGUCUGCUCCAGGAAAAGCUACAGAGAGAGGAACAGGAGGAAGAGGAACAGUUAGUAAAGGAAAAGGAGAAAAGAAUACGUUUGCGUCAGCAAGAGCUAAAGAAAGAAGAGGAGAGGGAAAUGGAAUUGUUAAAAAGGGAAAAAGAGAAGAGAACACAUCUUCUACGGGAGAGGCUGAAGAGAGAGGAAGAGGAAGAAGCGCAGCAGUUAAUGAUGGCGAAGGGAAAGAGAAUCUGUGUCCUCCAGGAGCGGCUAGGUGAAGAAAAAGACGAAAAGUUGAAAACACUUUAUGAUGAGAACCUGAGAAGGAUAGAUGGCAGCAAAACAUUGAACACAUAUAUUGAAACCAGAGCACAUCGUAGACAGGAGGAAGAAGAUAAGGAAGAACAGUUGAAAAGUGACCAAGAGGAACUCAGUACGGAGGAAGAAAAUGAUGCUGAAGAAAUAAAAAGGGAAAAAAAGUCAAGAGCACACAUAUUCCAAGAGGAGUUCUCUAGUGAGGAAGAAGAAGAGGAUGAGAUGUUGAAGAAGGAUAAAGACAUCCAAAGUCAGGAACAGCUCAGCAGUGAGGAAGAGGAGGUGGGACAAUUGAAGGUGGAAAAAGAGAGAAGAACUAGCUUCUGCCUGGAAAAGCUGGAGACAGAGGAAGAGGUAGCACGGUUAAAGAGAGACAUUUUCAAGAGAAAAAGUCUCCUCCUGGCAGAGCUUUGUGCAGACUUUAAGAAAGAGCUGCAAUUGAGAAUACAAUUCUCCCACGACGAGCUGAUAAGGGAGGAAGAAGAGGAGCUUGAGAAAUUGAAGAGGGAAAAGGAAAGAAGAACGCAUCAACAAAAAGAGAAGCUGUUGAGGGAAGAAGAGGAUGAGGUAGCACAAUUAAAGAAGGAGAAAGAGAGAAGAAUUUGUUGCUGCCGCAAAGUGCUCAGAAGACAUGAAGAGGUAGAAGUGGAGCAACUUAAGCAGGAAAAAGAGACAAGAAUGCGACACCACCUGCAACAGCUUGACAGAGAGGAGGAGAGUUUCUUGAAGAACGACAAGCACAUGAGAAAAAAUCUCCAAAAGGAGCCUAGUAGGCUGGCAGAAGAGGCUGAGAGAUCAAAUAGGCAAAAAGACCUGACAGGUCUUCGCCAACAAUUACAUCCGAAAAAAGAAGAAGAGGAGGAUGAGCAGUUGAGCAACGCAACUACAACAUGGCUUUGGCAGGAGGAACUAAGGAGAGAAGAAGAAGAGGAUGAAAGGAGAAACUUUAACUUACGACGAGACAGACUUCUCAGAGAGGAGGAUUUGGAUCUGCUAAAUAAGGAGAAAGACAGGAGAAUGAGUCUUUACCAGGAGAGGCUGAGGAGAGAAGAAGAGGAGGAGUUGGAGUUUUUGAAGAGAGAAAGUGUGGCCAAAGUUCAUUAUCACAAGGAAGCACUGAACAGAGAGGAAGAAAAAGAGAUAAAGCAGUUAAAGACAGAAAAGGAAGAAAGAAUACGGGUUUUCCAAGAAGAGUUGAGGAGAGAGGAAGCCAAUGAAAGGGAACGAUUAAAGAGGGUAAGGGAAAGGAAAUCGUCACCUGGCCGGGAGGAAAAAGGUAACAAGCAGUUAACAAGGGAAGAGACAAAACUGAAGCCCCAUGGAAUGGAUCCGGGAAUAGAAGAAGAGGAGGCGAUGCGGUUAAUGAGAGAGGAGAUGCUCUGCCAUGAAGACUCUAGGAGAGAAGAGGAAGAGGAAUUAGAGGUCUUGAAGAUGGAUAUUAUAAGAAGGUGGCUGCAACAAGAGAAGGGGGGAGAAAAGCUCGAGCAGGAUGUUUUCAAGAAGGAGGUUAAGGCAAGAACACAGCUCAUCCAGGACGGGCUAAGUAAAGAGGAUGAGGGGCUGAAAAGGGAGAAUGAGAAAAUAAUGUAUAGCUGGCAAAAGGAACUGAGUUCAGAGGAAGAAGAGGAGCCAGUAGAUUUAAAGUGGGAAGGGGAGAAGAAAAGAAGCCUGCUACCACAGGAAGCAGUGCUUUUAAUAAAGAAAGAGGAAAUUACAGAACAAUUACCGACGGCUAAGACAUGUGGAACACAUUUCCGCCAAGAACUGAAAGAGGAAAUGGAUGAAGCAAACCGGUUUAAUAAGAAAAAAGAAAAAGGCAUCUAUCACUGGCCUCAGGAGCUCGAAGGGGAGGAUGAGGAGCAAGUGGCGAGGGAUGUGAAAGUUUUAGCAAGGGAAAAGGAAAUAAUAAUUCAUUCUGGCUCAGAAGAGUUGAAGAGAGAAGAAGUGAAGCAGUCAGAGAGGGAACAAAAGAGUAGACUCUGCAUCCACCUGGAAGAGCUGAGAAGAGAAGAAAAAAAUGAGGCAGAUGAAUUGAAGAAAGAAAAGGAAAAGAGAAUACGUCGUCUCCUGGAAGAACUGAGGGAAGAGGAAGAGGAGGAGGCUGAGAGGUUAAAGAAGGACAAAGAAAAGAGAAUGCGCCUCCUCCGAGAGCAGCUGAGGAGAGAAGAGCAGGGAGAGCGAUUGAAAAGAGAAAAUGAAAGAAGAAUACGGCUUCAGCAAGAGGAACUUAUUGGACAGGAAGAGGAGGAGUGGUAUAGGAUGGACAAGGAGGAACAAAUGCGACUCUACCUGGAAAAACUAAGAAAAGAGGAAGAAGAGACAGGAGAGCAAUUGAAGAUUAAAAAGGAGAAAACAAUGCAGAAUUACCACGAAGAGCUGAGGAGAGAGGAAAGGAUGCAGGUGGAACAACUACAGAAGGAAAAAGAGAAGCGGAUAGGUCUUCUCCUGGAGGAGCUUAAGAGACAAGACGAGCAACAAUGUAAAAAGGAAAAGGAAAAUAAAUUGCAUGACUGCCGGGAAAUGCUGCUGAAAGAGGAAAAUGAUGCCGUGGAAAUCUUUAAAAGGGAGAAAGAGAAGAGAAUUAAUUGCUGUCAGGAGGAAUUGAAGCGAGAGGAAGAGGAGGAAGAAGAGCGGUUGAACAAAGAAAAAGAAAAUAGAAUACGCCUUCUUCAGGAUAAGCUGAAGGAAGAGACAGAAGAGUUGAUGGUAAGAUUGAACAAUGAGAAGGAGCAUAGAAUGCGUCUUCGACAAAUAGAUCAGAAGGGAGAAAACGAUGAGAAGAAACUGAAGACUGAAUACAAAGAAAGGCUGAGGUCUCUGCGACAGUGUAUUCUGGCCAAGAAAAGAGAAGAGGAAGAACUGUUGAACAAGUUAUCUGGCCAGAAAGAAUUACGUCACUCUGUACUGAAGGAUCGAGAAGAAAAAGAAAUUAGGCUCAGAGAGGACCGAGAAAAUGUUCUCAGAGAGAUUUGCCUUGCGCUAGAAGAAGAACGGCUGGUCAAACAUGGUAUGAUAAAAGGUCAAAGAAGGCCGUACUUUGAGGAUCUGAGGUCAGAGUCAGACGAGGAACUGCAAGUACUGAAAACCAGACUACGUGAAGAGCGAAAAGAGGGCCUGAAAUUUUUAUCACAGGAGGCACGAGAGAUUAUGCUGGGUCCGAGCUUCUGCAGCUCUUUUGAUCCACUGGGUGGAACAGCUUUGGGGUCCCAACAUCACAUAUUAGGUGGUUUGGGACCAAUUCAUGUGAACACCUCCCAUUUUUCAUCCUUGAACCCAACUCUGUCUCUUGCUCUCUCAAUGCCCGCCUCUGCCAAUUGCCUUGCUUAUAGACCCAUGCAUCCCUCAUUGAGUACUCCCGAGCAUCUUCCCGGACCCGUAAGAACAGCUGCUUGUAUGGACCCGUUAAUCUCUGCUCCCUACAUAGCAAAUCCUCUGGGGUACUGUGAUCAGCUGAGCCUAAAUAACUUCAAUGAGAUCACAGUUCAUCGAUUCCAAAAACAAAGCGCAAACUGGAUUCCUUUUUUAUCCAUAUAAGAAAAUGAGCUACAGUAUAUGAAUGAAUAGGGUUCAAACAGCGUAGACAUUUUGUCCUAAAGAACUGCAGUAGUCUUGUAUAGCCCGUUGGAUAUUACUUGCAAAAAAGUUUACCAUUACUGAAUCUGCAUGGUUCAGAGAAUUAGUCAAAAGCUCCUCUCCAGCACAUCCUCUGAUUUGUGUUUCUAAUUGAAGAUUCACGUCUGUCAGUCUAUUGGACAGGUCAACCAAAAAUUGAGCGUUUUGGCAUUGAUGCUGAUUAUGACCCCAACGACGCCUUCCUACAACUACAUUCAUUUUUGGGGCUUUUUUGUGCUGUGGAUAGAGGAAGUCUUGACUGUAUUGAAAGACCAACAAAAAGGCCCAUGAACGGUAGAUUGAACGUCUUGGCUUUAACACUGAAGAUGGCUAAUCUUUAAGCUUGACAAUGGACAACAACAAAGGGCUGACUCAAAAUGAAGAACAUUGUGAUGCUGGAGUGGCCGACCAGCCUCCAAACCUUAAUCCUGUGAAACGAUUGUGGAAGGAUUUGAAACUGGAAAGUGACAGCCCCGUUGAAGCAUUCAGGAUGCGAAGGAUAUCUGUAAGAGUGGACCAAAAUCCCUCCUUAGAUAUGCUUAAACCUGUUGACUUUACAAAAAAGGUUUGACCUCUGUGUUUGCCAAAUCUUUGCUUAACUACCAAAUAUUUAUAAUCACUAAAUACAAAUUAUUACAUAUAUUUUUUUAAACUUUGUUUUAAUGAUUUCCCAGAUUUUUUUCAUAUAUAUUUGUAUUAACUUUAUUUUUAUAUAUAUAUUUUUUUCAGUGUUAAAAUCUUUUAUAAAAUUGUUUUUUAAUUUAAUUUGUGAUUAAUUAUUGAUCAUGAUUAUAAUUGGAAUACAACACAGUAUACCAAUUCUAGACAAACAAGAAAGACCAAAAGCCUAUUGUGAAAAAUUAAAUACAGUGAUACCUCAGUUUUGUACAUCCUA